AUGUCCUCAGAUAUCAACCUGAACUCUCCUAACAAGGGCCUUGUUGUGGAUAAUGCAGACAGCCUGUCCGACGUGCCGGUGGAGGGAGCGGUGGGGAAUGUAGUCAACCCUCUUCCCCCCGGUCUGACAGAGGAAGAGGCUGAGGAGCUCCGCACAGAGCUCACCAAGGUGGAGGAGGAGAUCAACACCCUGCGUCAGGUUUUGUCAGCCAAAGAGAGACACGCCACAGAGCUGAAGAGGAAACUUGGCCUCAGCCCGCUCAACGAACUCAAGCAGAACCUCACCAAGAGCUGGCAAGACGUACAGACCUCCAAUGCAUAUCUGUCUGCCUCAGCCACUUUGGAUGACAUUACCCGCUCUGAAGUAUACAAGAAGACUCAGGAGACUCUUUCCCAGGCGGGACAGAAAACCACCGCAGCUCUCUCCACAAUGGGCACGGCCCUCAGAGAGAAACUGGGCGACAUGAGGAACUCUGCAACCUUCAAGUCGUUUGAGGAUAAAAUGGGGAACCUGAAGGUGAGCAGACAGACUGCACCUGUCGGCCAUGAGUAUAAGGUCGUCGGCCCGAAAGGAAACGGAGAAGCCGUCAGCUCCCCCACCGACACCACCCCCACUCAGGAGAACCCGCCUUUCUGAACGCCUCCCUCUUCCUCCUCCUACUCCUCCUCCUCCUCGCUGCCACCUUCCUCACGACCUGAGACUGUACUGUUAUCACCUCACACCGCAGAGUCAAACCUUUGACCCUCCACCUCACCGACUCGCCGCCGCCGCUCACUUUGCCCCCCCGAGGUCUGUAAACGCAGACGGGCGGAGGUGAAGGACUCGUGGGUUUGAGGUGGGACGAGCGCGCUCAUCGCUGCUGGUCCCACGGCCUCCGCUCCUCUGCCUCGCCGCCGAGCGCAAAUGUUUUGUUGAUGUCUAAAUAAUUUACAGACCUUGCUUUGUCACCGAGUUCGACCCUCCGUUAGUCCAAAUAAUUGCACUCUCCAGACAACUUUGUAAACGGGUUGAAAAUGCAAAAUUAACACGUCAGGCUCUUAAACUAAAUGAGAAACUUCACAUUUGAUUUGGGGGUUUUGGGUUCGUUCAGAUAGCGCUGCAGUGAUGCGUCAAAAGUAACUCUGCAGGCGGAUUUUCGGGGCCCAACUCAGAGUUUAGGAACCCUGCAGACUGAAGGUGGAGGAGCUCUUACCGGCACGAUGGUGGUUUAUUCUGCUUCUUUUUCUGUCCUUUUUUUCUUUCGUUCAUGUUCUUAAAUCAUCACACUGUGAGCACCACACCACACGUCCCCACCGAAACUCGUCACAGCUCUGCCGUCAACGCGGGGGGGGGGGGGUCCCUCUUACUGCUACAUGCAUGUGCAUAUCUCAUCUCAGUUGUACCAUAAAAACCAUGAAAAGACGGCCGAGGUCUCGUGUAACACCCUAAAAACACCCCCAGGAUGUAAAAACAGACAAAACCAUUUUGUAUUACAAACUAUUUUACACUGCUUUGCAUAAUGUUUUUACAUAACUUUUAUCAAUAUGUAUAAAUAUAUAUGAAUAAAUCUAUUGUCACUGAUGCUGCCGAUCGGUGGCGGUCAGGUUGGGAGGUUGAAAGAUUAAAAAAAGCACGGGGAGGCGAAACAAACUCGAUGGGUCAGUUUCACAGACGUGAAUUAUCGUCCGUACGUGUUUUUUUUUUCGUUUGUGGUCUACAAACAUGUUUGUGAAACGGACUCAUUAAUGAGCUGCAGGCGUUUUGUUCCCGUUUGAAUCACACGAGAAGGAACAUAAUCAAACUGGUGCGUUUGGUUUCAGCAUGCUGCCAGUUACGAGUCACACUAAAAGCGCUCAAGAGUUUAAAGGGAUAGUUCGGACUUUUUUGUGUCUGGUUGUUGGAGGUACUUAUCCAAAAACAGAAUAUUAUAUACAGUACAUGUCAGUCGUCUCGUCCUCAGUUUGAGAAGCAGGUCUGAGUCCGACACCAAAGCUGAGCGACCUGCUGCUGUGGAGGCGUCAACGAUAAAAUCAGGGUUCAUACAAGGUGCUUCAAGUGCUUAAAUUCAACUCUGUGAAAUGUAAAUCCUGGAAUACCUUGAAAAUCAGACGUUUUUGAACUUGGUCCCUAAAAACCUACUUAAAUAUUACUGAGAGGAGAACAGAAAAAGGGAUUAUUCAAUAAAAUGUGUUAAAUGUUAUAAACGAGGAAGCAACAAACGGCUGUGGUUGCAGUUGACUGAGGAUGCCUGAGCAUCAGUCAGCGGGUAAACAGGAAACAUUUGGCGCCAGGAUGUUUUGCUCGUCUGCAAAACAAAAGUUGAAAUUCAGAAGCAGUUUAAUUAAUGACAAGUUGAAUUUGGGUCCCGGUAACGUGUUCAUGCCAUUUACAGAUUUGCACAAUUUUCCUGCAACAGAUGGUUGUGGUGGAAAAAAAUAUUAUACUUCAAAUGAAAAUUUGUGAUUGAUAAAGUACUAAAAAGUCUUUAAAUUUGA